AUUUCAUAAAGACGGACAAUCAAAGUUAGACACAGAAACCCAGGGUUUGUCUUUUUUUUUUGGGACGGAGGGAGUACAUGCUUGCAAGAUCACUAUAAUUAGCCAUUUAUAUUUAGUAUAGUACGUACUGCAAGACUGCAACUGCAGCGUUAACGCUCCCACGGAUCGUCCUCUCUUUGUCUUUGUUUAUUUAGAUUUGAGGUAAGUACACAGCAGCCAAUUAAUCUCCCCGUGUCCAAAGGACUGUGUACCCGUGGCUAGCUGGUGCCUGCCUGCCUCUCGUUCGUAGGGCCAUAUGCGAGCUCGAAUAUAUUGUCAUAUAGGACAAACAUGUAUGAUCAGUGGAGGAAAGGAAGGGAAUAAUGUCGUAUUCCUUUAAUUUAGGUAUGAUCAGGGGAGGAAAGGAGAAGGGAAUAAUUUAGUAUUCCUUUUAGGCUUGACUUUGUGUUUAAUUAUUUCUUCUCUGUUAAUUUGCAUCUUUACUACCUCCAUCCCUAAAUAUAUGAAAAAGAACAGAGGGAGUACAAAUAUCAAAAGCCGCAAUCGUGCAUUAAUAUCUCCAUGGAUCAAUCUUCUUGAGCCAACCUGGAUCAGAUCGGAAUACACCCCUUCUAAUGAGCACGAGCUUAAUUACCAGCUCAUUAUAGGCAGCAAUCGCGCAUUAACUGUAGAUGAAGGCAAUGCAGCUAGCCACUAUGGAUGUCCACUUCGGUGAGGUGACGUAAGCGUUCCGCGUGCACGUACCUUGAGUUGCAAACUUGCAAAUUAUAAUUUGCAAUUAGAGUCAUUCUGCACCACGAGAACUGGUUUAUGUUGCUGUGUUGGGGGGAAGGUAUUAGGUCGGUUCUAGUUCACCAAUCCAUAUGCCAACCACUGCCAAUUAUGCCAGAGCAUGAACCUUUCAAAAUCAAAUUGACUGUUCUGUACAGAGGCCACUAGGCCAGCCACCUGAGAGAGUAGGAGGUACCCCUUUGUUAGGCCUUUUUUUUUUUUUUGAAAUCACCUUUGUUAGGCUUUGGUUUACAACUAGAUAUGGCUCUCACUAACUGCGAGUUAUUCGAUAGUGCUGAUUCAUAAUUCAUUUCCUCCUACGAAAAGCGAUAUAGCUUGUUAGUGCAUAACAAAUUAAGUACUAUAAGUUAAAAAUUUUACAAGUAGAUUAAUUUGAUUUAAAAAUUACUUUUCUAUAGUUUUUCAAGCAAAAAUUAUAUCGUUUAACAAUUCGAGAAGUGCGUGCAUAAAAGAAAGGUAAUGUCCAAUGUAUCCUACAGGGAGAAACCAAAUAAUCACGUGUGAUUUGACAAUUUCAACUACUGAUAGAUAUGGGCCCUGUUUAGUUCGGAGGGAUAAUUAUUAAAAGGCCUAACAAAGGAGUAUUAAAUGUAUCUUGCUAUUUAGAAGUAUUAAAUGUUUUUUAGAUAAUAGAUUAAACUGGCCUCUACAUAGGAGUAUUAAAUGUAGAUAUUGACAAAACAUAUUCCAUAACCCUUGGGCUAAUUCGCAAGAUGAAACUAAUGAGGUAUAUUAAUCCAUUAUUAGCGGAUGAUUACGGUAGCAAAUCAUGGAUUAAUUAGGCUCAUUAGAUUCGUCUCGCAAAUUAGCCCAAGGGUUGUGGAAUGGGUUUUGUCAGUAAUUUAUACGUUUAAUACUUUUAAAUAGAGGGCUGCCCUCUAGAUCUAAACAGAGCUAUGGUAGAGGCACUACUCACAAUAAUCGAAUUUAGGCCCACAUUGGCAAAUCUUCUGAUUUGAAUUCCUGUGGUAGCUGAACGAAAUUCCAACUUAUCAUGCGCUCGAUCGGAAUUCGUGGGACAAAGGAAUCGUGCAGCGAAACAAACAAGAAGGAAUAUCUCAGGGAGGCACAUAUUCUUUCUCGGCGUCGCAUGGCAUGCACCUGAUCAUCACGCGGGCUGGCCGACCGGAUCGACGAGCGGCGCGCGCACCGGCCUUUCGCCGGCGGGCAGAUGCAAUUUCGUCGUCGCCCUUUACACGUGCGGCCGCCAUGUGUGUCGCUCCGUCUCGCCGGUCGGUGCAGUCACGUAACGAAUAUAUAUAAAUGUAGAUAGCAACAGCUUUAGCUUUUAUUACCUUCAUGGCCUGUAUUUGACAAAUGGAUUAUGCGAGAUAUGGAAUAGAAAAAUAAAAAUGAACGUAUCGUUUAGAUAAAAUUAGGUGGACAAAAAAAUGGAUAGGUACGAUUGUAUAUAUUAGGAUAUAUCCAUUUUCAAUCCCAUUUGCCAAACAGCUUAAAACGUAUCGAAAAAGAAAAAAAAACUGAAGAUAUUAGUUUACAUUGCUGCGGUCGCUGAAUAAAAGAUCGUCCUUUAAACAGGUUCAGAGCAUCAUCAACAGAUACCUAAUAUAUCCCUCAAUUUCAAAAUUUUGUUUUUUUUUCCUUUUAGGAAAUUGUCUCCAAUAGUUUCCUGGUUAGAUUCAAAAAAAUUUGAAAUCCCCUUUUCUAUCCUUCUUGCUCUCCAUGAGUGAAGGAGUGUUCUGGCUCCCAAUAAACAUGAGAGGAGGGAGAGAGAGGAUGACACGUGGAGAAUCCCUUCGCAAGAAAGAGGACGAUCGUUCACCAGAGGUGAAAGCAAUUUCUGUUUCUGUUAGUAGCUACUACCUUUUAUUAUUGAAGUAAUUUUUUUUAUAUCUAUUGUAGUGAGGAAUCUAUUCACACUUAAAAAAAAUCUAAUUAGCAAUUUUAAAACAGAAUUUUGAGGACAAAUUUUUAGGCACCUGCGAGUGAUUCUGUGAGUGAUGCUUAGUAGCUUAUGUUUGACUGGAUCGAGCUCGCGCGGCGGGACCAUUUGUCACGCAGCCGUCGCUGCAUCAGCUUCACGAUUGCUGCAGCCUGAUUGCUCUAUUUGGUCUUCUUUCUCUCUCUCUCUCUCUCUAACAUUGCUUCGGUUUUGCUUUGCUUUUCUUGGCCGACAAGCGCGGCAAGCGGACGAGGCCUCCACACCGGCCAAAAGCUACCCCGGUUGCAGCAUGUUUAUGUACACGUCUUAGACAAGACAUCUCCCUUACAAAAUGGUUUCUUAGCCUAGAAGAGCUCCGGAUCACAACCCUUUUUGCAUUGCAUAUAGAAGACCCCUUUUUAUGGUUCUUGAAAAAGUACUCUAAGUUAUCUCAGUAUUUUUUUAUAUUAAAAUAUUUCUGAUACAUCUCGUACCAUUAAAAAUGUGAUCUCUCUCUCUCUGUCUCUCUCUCUCUAAUUAAGCAUCGUAAAAAGUCUUUCAAUCUUGACCCGCAGCCAGAUGAAAAACCGGUUAUCCCUAGCGACUUUAUGCAACAUUGGUAACUGCAUGACCAUAAGAUACUCAAUAAUUAAAUAAAUUAAAGGGGAUGCAACGUAUGGGGUUAAGAAUCUUAUCAUCAGUAGAUCUGCUUUUUCUCUGUUGCUUCCUUGGAUCAAAGCUAUAAGCAUUGGUAUUUUCUGAGGUUUGUGGCUUGGAGCCAAAUGGGCAUCGCACCAGCAACUUGAUCCUGCUGGGGCAUGACGUGCGUGAUGUGGCCGGUUCAUAAUUAACACGGCUUUAACAGAAAGCUCUUCCCUUAAUUAUUUGUGAGAUGACCAUUGCUGUGAGGCGCAUUGCGACACCUCCUCUUUUUUUGGCUUUUGCUGUACUGAUUGCUUCUUUUGUUCUUGAUGACUGUCGUGUCAAGCACCGAGAGAUCGAAUGGGUUAUCUAUGUCGUGUUGCCUUUGCUAAACUGUAGCUAGACACGAAACGGAAGACACCUGGUCACCAAAAGAGUAUUUGAUCUGCUAAGUGCAAUCUGAUUCCCUGAAUUUCGAGUCCAUGGACAUUAGGUCCAGUAACCUGUCACACAUGCAGUCAAGAACCACCAACUUUAUUUGAUCUAAAAUGCAUCUUAUCCUGUCCAUUUUGCCAUUGCACUCCCGUGGCUGUGAAGAUGUCAAAUAUAUAUAAUGUUUUAGUAGAAGAAUCAAAUGCUACUAGCACUAGUGCCCAAGAUGUCAAACUCAACGAAUAAAAGGAAAAGAAGAAAAGACACCCAAAAAUCUAGGAUGUGUGCUGCAUCCAUGAGAACUGGUAAGCUGCUGCACGUUGCAGACAUUAGCCGACUGGAAGACGUUAACACCCCAACUACGAUUUCAAUGCAGCCUGUCUCUUAGACCUGGUUCUACAAUCAAUACUCCCCAAAUAAAUUGCGAAAUUGACAGCCAAUUUAAUGGCAAGCCUAGCUAAGCAAUCAAUUUAUACAUGUGUCUGGGCAGUACACUAGUACCAGUACAGUACUGUACCUCCUGUUCCAGCUUUGGGUAUUUGUCAGCUGCAGUGGCCUGCGUCGACGACUCGAGGUCAAAUAAACGCGCUGAAUGGGCAAAGGCCUCAAGGAGAAGAAAACUUCAGAAAAAAGCGAGUGUAAAAAAGCGACACUUCCUGUGUCGUGCUUGCUGGAGCUGAGACAGGAGGAAGACCUGUAACCACACGGCUGAGUCAAGAUUAGCUUGAAAAUUACUGAUGGAUACUUGUACGGCUAGGUACAUUUGCUGACCCCUGCACACGGUUUCCGUCCCGUCCCAGUCUCUGAACUUUCAGCUGCGCCUUGGCUUUCACCUUCAUCGUCCUUUCAAUGGCUGUGAAAAAUCUUUGCUUGGUUUGGAAGAGUCAGUGACGGUUUUGGUCAGAAGGUUGGCUUCAAAGACAUCAUCAUACAUAUGGUCACCGAAAAGUGACAUGAAAUUAUCUCGCCAAACAGAUGUUGAGCAAAUCCUUCAGUGCUCACCUUCAAGAACCGGCUUCUCUGCCGGUUGGUGAAGCUGUUUACAGUGGCUACAAAUUCAUCUCUGAUUUAUCUGGAAAAAACCCGUUUCGAAUUUCGCCUUGAUUUUAUCAAUGGCAAGAACUGGUCGCUCUGGUGCUCAUGUCAUUUUCGCUCUGGUCGAUGGCCAGGGCAGAGGGGCCUGAAUGAACCAGGCCGGGAAUCCAAGAACGUCUCUGCCGGGCAGUGCUGGUCCGUAGUCCGUCCAGUGACAAAAUACUGAAAAUAUUCGUGUGGCUCUUCCAGCUUAUGAUCAUUGUCGAUGAUGCUGGAGCUUUUCUCCCAGCACUGAACCACUCUCCAUGGGACGGCGUAACCAUUGCAGAUUUCGUCAUGCCAUUCUUCCUUUUCAUGGUUGGGAUCUCUCUAACGCUCGCGUACAAGAGGGUGCCGGACAAAUUGGAGGCUACUAAGAAGGCUGUACUACGUGCCCUCAAGUUGUUCUGCCUUGGCCUUGUUCUCCAAGGCGGUUUUUUCCAUGGUGUCCGCAGUCUCACUUUUGGUGUUGAUAUUACAAAAAUACGGUUGAUGGGUAUACUUCAGAGAAUUGCUAUAGCUUAUCUUUUGGCUGCAAUCUGUGAAAUUUGGCUCAAGGGAGAUGAUGAUGUAGAUUGUGGACUCGAUGUGAUACGGAGAUACCGUUACCAAUUGGUUGUAGCAUUGCUCCUGUCAACCAUGUAUACUGUUAUUUUAAACGGUGUCUACGUUCCAGACUGGGAAUACCAGAUAUCAGGUCCUGGUUCCACAGAGAAAUCAUUCUCUGUGAGAUGUGGAGUAAGAGGAGACACUGGUCCAGCUUGCAAUGCCGUUGGAAUGCUUGACCGUACAAUCUUGGGGAUCGAUCAUCUCUACAGACGACCGGUUUAUGCGCGUACAAAGCAAUGUAGUAUAAACUAUCCGCAAAAUGGGCCCCUUCCACCUGAUGCUCCAUCAUGGUGUCAGGCUCCAUUUGAUCCUGAAGGCCUCCUCAGCUCUGUUAUGGCAAUUGUCACAUGCUUGAUUGGGCUGCAGUUUGGACAUAUAAUUAUACAUUUUGAGAAACACAAGGGAAGGAUAAUAAAUUGGCUAAUUCCUUCCUUCAGCAUGUUAGCACUGGCCUUCUCAAUGGACUUCAUUGGGAUUCGUAUGAACAAGCCGCUGUACACGAUAAGUUACGCCUUGGCUACCUCUGGUGCUGCAGGGCUUCUUUUUGCUGGGAUCUACACACUGGUGGACGUGUAUGGAUUCAGGAAACUUACCAUCCCCAUGGAGUGGAUGGGUAAGCACGCGCUGAUGAUCUACGUGCUAGUGGCAUGCAACAUCCUGCCCAUUUUCAUCCAUGGUUUCUAUUGGAGGGAGCCCAAGAACAACCUUUUGAAGUUCAUCGGAGUUGGGGCAUGAAGCUUGUUCGUCUGCGCAACAGUACUUAGGCCAUAGAUAAUUUCCUAGAUAAUUAGACAUCCGUAUAUAAGAUUAUUUGGAUGGCCAGGAUAUGGAGAUAAAAAAUGUUCAGGCCGUGUUAUUUUUUCUACGUGGUUAGAGAACGGCAAUGUUCAGCUUCUGACACUACUGAACAAUGGUCGUUGCCACAUGCCAGAGCGUAUCCUCCCUGAGCUCUUCUGUAUAUAUCAAUAUAUGUUGAGGAGGCUCUUGUAUAUGAUUGACGCGCUCUGUGAUUCAGAUGAAUAUAUAUAGUACAUAUUCUGA